ACCCGUAUGGCUGAGCAGCCAGCCCCAGAGGCAGGCCUGCCAGCCCAGGUGACUGCUGUAGACAGAACUGAAGCCCCUCUGCUCCGGGCCACCCGCCGUAGCUCCCAGCCCCCAGCCCGGGGCACCGAGGAAGGCAAACCACAGCUCCUGCCCUCCCGCUGCAGCUCCAUCCUCAACAUGCUCCCAGCACCACUGGCCAGCCGCCGCAGCUCACUUGGGGCUGCCCCGGGGGGUAGGCGCCCCUCCAUCGGGCCCUGGAUGCUCCUCAGCCGUGUGAGCUUCUCUGGGCUCCCUCUUUUCCAGCCCAUCCUCAAAACCCAACUCGAAAACACUUACAGGAUGCAGCCAGAUGAAGGCUGCAAGUUCAAUGCAGGGCGGGUGCAGCAGGUGCUGGAGUGUGCCCUGGCCAGUGCCCUGGGGACCAUGGUCUAUAGCCCCCAGGGCAGUGCCUUGCUAGCCCAAAGCCUGGCCGAGCUGCUGCAGAGCCAGGUGAAGGAGGUGGUGCCACCCCGCUACAAGCUGGUCUGCCAUGUGCUGCUGGGCCAGCGGGGCCAGCAGAGCCUGUUGGUGGCCAGCCGGGCACUGUGGGACCCCGAGAAUGACAACUUUGCCUCUACCACCUUCUCCAAUGCCUCGCUCUUUGCUGUGGCCAUAGUGCAUGGGGUCUACUUUGAAUAG